ACAAGAGUUAUAUAAAAAUUUCUCUUGACAUUUGAAAAUGACAAUUACUUAUAAAUGUUAAAUUUACAGACUCUGGAUCGCGACCCAUUUAAAAAUAUUUUCAGAGUAAUGCGGAAGUACAAUAAUAAUCAAAUCAUAACACAUUUGAAAAUCUGAUUAUCAAACAUUUGCCUGCCAUCCUUACAUCUCCACUGACUCAAUGCCCUCCGGGAAAGAAACGCAAACGGAUUUCAAUUCGGACCCGUUUGGGGGAAAAACGCGUACCGUUCAGCAGCAGCACCAAGGGGAAUUCUGGGAGGACUUCAAGCGCCUACUACAGUGGGCCCAUCUAGGAACCUUUGGGGACCAGCGGGUUUUCAUCAUGUUGUGCUUGUGUACGUACAUAGUAAGAAUGAGUCAAGCAGCUGGCAAUGACGGACAAGCGGUCCUAGAGGGGGAGCCUGAGCACGUGAGCGUGCACACUGAAGCGUCGAGCUUCACACCUCAGCAGGCCUCCGAGCAGGCGGUCCCGGGCGUGGGCCCUAUACCGGAAGCCAUCCCUAUUGUCCAGCCGCAGUUCGCGGCUAACUUCAUGAACUUCCUCCAGCAGAUGGCUGGAGCUUACGUGCCACCACCGCCACCACCGCCGCCACCAGUGGCGGUGGUCCCUAUCGAGAAACUCCAGAAGAAUGGAGUUGAGGAAUUCUUGGGCGAUCAGAUCGCCGACCCCAUGAUUGCCAAACGGAUUUCCGCCUACGACUGGUGGAAGCGUGUGGGAGCGGGCAUCCCGGAGCCCGUGCAGUGGGCCACAUUUGACCGACUCUUCCACGAAGAGUACAUCCCUGAGCACUUCGUCGAGGCGAAGCGGGAGGAGUUUUUGAAGUUCACCCAGGGUGAACUCACACUGCGUGAGUAUUGUCAGAAGUUUGACGAGCUCGCGGGGUUUGGGCAAGACCUCGUACCGACCGUGGAGAAGCGAUGCAAACGCUUCGUGGAGGGUUUACGUCCCGACCUUUCGACCCAUCUGAUCAUUGCUCCCCGGAGUGACAUCAAUGCGUUGUACAAGAAUGCAUUGGAUUUGAAUGCGGCCCUCAUCAAGAAGGCUGAGUAUGAGCAGACGCUAGGAGCGUCAACGGCACCAUCUCGUCCUCCUCCACCCCAGAAGGCGGGGACCAGCAGCAAGAGGUCCUUUACAGCGCCGAGUAGCUCUCACCAGAGUAAGAAGGUGAAGUCAGCCCCAGCUCAGUCAUCUGCGUCCGUACAGAAGAAGGGCAAGAGCGGGGAUGGGUUUCGCAACCCGAUUUGCGACCUUUGUGGGCGCAGGCACCCAGGAGAGUGUUGGUACACUCUUGGCCUGUGCCUUGGGUGUGGCCAGGCCGGGCAUUUCCGAAAAGAUUGUCCGAAGAAUCCGGGUGAAGCUUUCUCGACCGCACCUGUAACACCCUAAUCUGUCCAG